UAUGGUGACACCCCGCCCCUCUCCGGCCCGGGCCGUGACGGGAUGGAGGGCGGCGGUGGAGCUGACGGUGCGCCCGGCGCGGGGCCGGAACCGGGACCGGGACCUGGACCGGAGCCGGAGUCAGAGUCAGAGCCACAGCCGCACAUCGCGCUACCGCCACUGGGACCGGGCGCACCCCUCGGUUACCUGCACGUCCUGUGGCAGCGGGAGGAGCCCGCGGGCAAGAUCCCGGCCCGCCGCCUCCGCAGGGCCGCCCGCCUCCACCGUCGGCUGGGGCCCACGGGCAAGGAGGCCCACGCUCUGAAAAGGCUGCGUGAAGCUGCCAAUAGCAAUGAUUUGGACACAGUGCAGCAACUCUUGGAGGACGGAACGGACCCCUGUGCUGCGGACGACAAAGGCCGGACAGCCCUGCACUUUGCCUCCUGCAAUGGCAACGAUCACAUCGUCCAACUGCUUCUGGACCAUGGGGCUGACCCAAACCAGAGAGAUGGGCUGGGCAAUACUCCCUUACACUUGGCUGCCUGCACGAACCACGUUCCUGUCAUCACCACCCUACUGCGCGGAGGGGCCAGAGUUGAUGCCUUGGAUCGAGCUGGCAGAACCCCACUGCACCUUGCUAAAUCAAAGCUGAAUAUCCUGCAGGAGGGAUUCUCCCACAGCCUGGAGGCUGUACGCCUUGAAGUAAAGCAGAUUAUCCAGAUGUUGCGGGAAUACCUGGACCGUCUGGGGAGGCAUGAGCAAAAGGAACAGCUGGAUGAUCUCUGCUCCAGGCUACAGAUGACUAGCACAAAGGAGCAGGUGGAUGAGGUUACAGAUCUCCUGGCCAGCUUCACGUCACUCAGCCUGCAGAUGCAGAAGAUGGACAACAGGUAAUGGGCUGCCAAAUCAUCUUCCUGAAGUAGCAGGAGAAGCCUUAGAGAGAAGAAAAGGAAGCUGAAGUUUGCUUCCCAGAUUGCUGGCUAAACAUUGGUGCCAGCAGCUGUUCCUGCCAGACUGACUCUCCAGUGGUGCUCAGGCUGUUCCUGUUGGUGCUGCCACAGCUGCCCCACGGGGAGGCAGCAGGCUUUGCAUUAUAAAGGCAACAGACAAGAAUGCUGCAGCUGUGACUUUGGGAUAAAAGAGCUGCUCUACUUUUUACCAGUUGGGUUGGCAAUGAAUAGGGUACCCUUUCCAGAGAUAUUUUGCCUUCUCUCAAGUAUGUCAGUUCAAUGUAGGCAGUGACCAAUGCCAUGUGCAGCCAUGCCAUCAGCCCUGACUAGUGCACUCAGCAGCUGGCCAGCAUCAUAGAAAUGCUUGGAACAGGCACCUUUUACCACCUCCAUACUGCAAAACUGCAUGAGGGAGAAAGUGAAUGCCUUGAACAGCAGAAGGCUUUGUGCUAUGAGAAGAACACACAUUUAAUUCUGCACGCUAGAAGCUGAGCAAACAUUUUGCCUUAAAGGUGCACUGAGGCUUAAAUCCUCACCUUCUCUGAGUCUGCUGUCAGAGGGCAGAGAAUAUGUCUGGUUACAAGUGGGAUACAAAGUUUUUCAUGGCUAGAGUAACACCUUUCACUGAGCACAUUUUUAAGUCUGCUGCAACUUAGUGCUUUAAUAUUGCAGUUUAACGCGUGCAAAAAAUAAGCAGGUACACAGCUAGCAGGUCUGAGCUGCCAUCAUGCGAGAAUAAGAAUUGGAGGGUGACAGUCUUAACGCAGUUCUAGUCAGACAUCUACAUCUUGCAAAAAAAAAAAACCACCAUAGCAAACUUUUGUUUCCUGUUACUGGCAGUCUCAGGCAAGAGGUCCAGUUGUGACAGGAGAACCUUAAGUGUAGUGUGAGAAAUGAAUUAUGGCUUAUGCUGGGAGCCUGAAGUGAUGCAGCUGUGAAAGAUGCAGGGAAAUGCUCUUGCUGCUCUCUUGCUUCUGCCCACUGUGGUUAGCAAUGAAGAUUUAGGUUGCUUUGUUGUGGAGCAGGGAUCCAGGAAAUCUUGUUGAUAGGGCACCAACAGUAACAGGGUGGCAGGAACAUGCCAAUAGUAAUCUGAGUUCCCACCUGUGUACCACAUCAUGGUAGCCAUAUCUAUCCCACAGCUUCGGAGUUGCUGGUUUGAAAGAGUUUAUUAUUAGGAUUCAGCUUAAAUAUGCAGCAGCCACAGUUCAGAGCAUUCUUCAGAGAUCUUUAGGUCAGCAUGUGCUGUGAUAUCUGCCUCUUGUCCAGGAAGAGGCUAAGUGGAUCUCUGCUCAAAGCUGAGAUACCAGAAAUAGGCAUGGCUUUUAGAUGGGUUCAUCUGUGGGCUGCUGGAGGACAGAGCUGGGAGCAACAGUCUCAUGGCUGGGCUGGAGCUGUCACUGUGCAUAUUGAUACGUCAUUAUAAUGUGCUAGAUGGGAAGGAUGCCAAGAGGGUGGGAGACAAUAUGACCUUUUUGUAUUUUCAAUUACAAUAAAAUCCUGUCAGUCCUUUACAA